AGCGGUCCCAAACUCACCUCCAGGCUCCAAGUCCAACCAUAAAAAUUGCGUUUGUUUGUUUUAGAAAUAAACCACCGAGGCAACAAAUCAAAAAGUUGCGUUUUCUUUGUUCCAGAAAAGUCAAAAACCUCCUUUUCCCCUCUUUCUGGGUUCAAUCUUCAUCUUCUUCUUCGUCCCCAAACAACAACUUCAAGGGUUGUAAUUUUAUGGAUUGUUACAGAAUCAGAUGUUCUUCACCUCGUAUCAUUACUUCUCAGCCUUACGAUCUCUCCAAUCCUCUUUCUUCUACAUUCACGCCUUGGUUUCGCUACCUCCGUUUUAGCUUUCCUGACUCACAUUAAGAUUUCAGGUUUUAUUGUUGUAGAGAGCUCAGACUUAUUGGAGGCGUCAGGCGCGUAGUUCUUGUACAGUAUAUAUUUUAGUUCAAGGAGGAUAUAACAGCUCUUGGAUCGACCCUUGCCUCUUUAAUUGAGGUGCAUUAUCACAAACAAGGGCGAUCCAAAGAUGUCACGGAGACAAGCAAAAACCUCUGGUUGGACUGCAUUUGACCAGCAGCAAAGGCAGCAAAACAAUCGUAGAGCUCGUUCUAUUGAUGAGCCCUUUCCUUCGCUGCCAAGUACAGUUCAACCGGCAAAUUCUUUUUCUAAAAACAAGCACGGCCAAGUAAAAUCAUUCUCGUCAGUUAUACUGCCGUCACUAGAUUUUUCAGCUCCUUUACAAGAUGAUAUGAAAAGUAAGCCAUCUGCAGCUGGUAGCUCUAAAGGCCCUCAAAUCAGUGCGGUUUCUCAGGACAAGGAAUUUGAUAUGGUUUUUAGACAGCUCAAAGAGCUAUUCGGUUGGGCUGAUGAUAGUUUGAUCGAGGAUAUAAUGGCUGCUACUGGCAGUGACUUUGACCAGGCAUCAUCCUUUCUGAAAGCCAUGGUGCCUGAUCAGCGUUCAGAGGAACUUAAAGUUGAUGAGGUGGGAGAUUAUAGCUGUGAUUCUAUAGAACCUUCAGACAAUGGAAAAUUAAUGCAUGAAAGGAAAGACGUGUCCUGGAAAGAGAUUUCCGAACCUGCUAAGAUGUGCUCUGUUCUGGAGCCUCUUGUUGGCAAUAACAACAACAAUGGGAUCGAUAAAUUUACUCUUUCUGCUGAAAACCUGUUCAAUAAUUGUGCACAAAUCAACGCAAUGCUGAGCCAAUUGACAAGCGUACCUGUUGAACCUGAGUGGGAAGAGGAUGAUGUAUACUUGAGUUGCCGUAAAGAGGCAAUAAAGAAGAUGAGGGCUGCUACCCGUCAUUCCAAGGCAGCAACUAACUCCUUUUUACGAGGUGAUCACAUCUCUGCCCAACAGUUUUCUUUGGAAGCUCGGGAAGAAUGGAAAGCUGCACAAAGUCUCAAUGCAAAGGCUGCCUGUGAGAUUUUGAGCAUACGAAACGAGAAGAAUGGGAUAUGGAUUUUGGACUUGCAUGGUCUUCAUGCUUCGGAAGCAGUCCAAGCAGUGAAGGAACGCCUAUAUAUGAUUGAGGCCCAAGUGCUGUCACAUAAGCAGUCCAAGCAGCCAAGGCCCUUGGAAUUUCCAAACAGUUUCAGGACCAAGGCAGAAGUCUGGUGUGAUAGAUAUUCUGACAAGUGCAAUAAGUUGGAACAGUCAGAUGAGCAGGCCUCCCAUAAGCUGAAGCCAGUAUGUUUAGAAGUCAUUACAGGCAUAGGGAAUCAUAGCCGUGGAGGGGCUGCACUUCCAACCGCCGUGAAGACCUUCCUUGCUGACAACGGGUAUUGGUUUGAUGAAGCGAGGCCAGGGGUAAUUAUGGUUCGACCUAAGUUCCGUCCAAGUUGAGACUUGCACUGAUGGAUCUUUUUAUUUUGUUACAGCCCCCUUGAAUUGUUGCAUUGUUCGUUGAAGCAACUCCAUUCAUUCUUGGAAUCACUCAUGAGUACUCACCAAUGUUUGUACAAUACUUGUAAAUUUAAACAGGAUAAAGCAAAAGUUUCUAAUUUCUAUAUUGAUGCUUAAUUAAAUUCAUUUAUUUGUAUUUUCCGAGAUGCUGGAAAUAGGAUAAACUGUAAAGUAUGUAUUAUUCAUAAUAUGAGUGUUCCUAAUUUGGUUGGCUGCUA